UAUUGGAUGAAACUAAAAGCUUAAUAAAAUUGGAAUUGAUUCUCAAAAGAAAAAAAAAAAAAAAAGAUGAGUGGGCUGUCUCUGAAAACCCUCGGGCUGGACUACCGUCAAAGCCGCCAAAAGCACCCCAAUUUGGAGACUGCCCGGAUGUCCCAAUGCCUAGAGAGGAUUGAGCUCUCUUGAUUUUGGCGGAAGAGAACCGCCCUCGUGGACAAGACCCCCUCUUUGCUAAAAUUGAAGCUACCCCAGCAGCCCCAACAGCUAGUGACCUGCAGUAGGGAGAAAGUAAUGUCAAAAUUGGCUCUUGCUUGCUGCAAGGUUUACAUAUCUGAAAGCAGAAACAAGGCUGCGCUGGAGUCAAUUGAACAAGCUGCCAAGCUCUUCCCUGAAGCACCCAUUAUCAACAAGCUCACGAAUGAGGUUUACAAUAGAGUUGGGUAUACCCUUGUUUCCAAGCUCCCAUCAAAGCCAUCUAUAAAGCCAUGUUCUCUGAGAAGUGCAGUCCUGAACAUGGUUAAGGCUGCAUUUUCGGCAAUCGACUUGGACUCGCAUUGUGGCAGCCACCCACGACUCGGAGUUGUAGAUCAUACAUGCUUAUAUCCUUUGGCCUUUGCUUCCUUGCACGAUGCAGCUGCAAUUGCAAAAUCUCUGGCAGCUGAUGUUGGAUGUGGCCUACAAGUCCCAACAUUUCUAUAUGGAGCGGCUCAUGAAGAGGGAAGGAAGCUAGCCACGAUCCGAAGAGAGCUGGGUUAUUUCAAGCCAAAUUCUGAUGGCUUAUGGGCUGGAGGGCUGAAAUCAGAUUCAUUGCCACUAAAGCCAGAUGAGGGUCCAGCUGAAGCAAGUAAAGCAAAAGGGGUCAUCGUGAUAGGAGCAACAGAGUGGGUUGAUAACUACAACAUCCCGAUCUUCUCUACCGAUAUCGUCGCUGUUCGUAACAUUGCAAAGCAAGUCAGUGAGAGAGGAGGUGGGCUUCCUUCAGUUCAAGCAAUGGCCCUUGCUCAUGAUGAAGGUGUGAUUGAGGUGGCUUGUAAUUUGCAACAACCAAGUAAAGUGGGAGGAAAAAUGGUUCAGCAGGAGGUUGAACGGCUUGCAGAAAGUGAGGGAUUAGGUGUGGGGAAAGGUUACUUCACAAGCCACUCGCAAGAGGCUAUGAUAGAAAGGUUUCACAUCGAUAGGAAAAGGACGUGAAAAAGAUGUGGAAACAUCUCUCUAGUAGACGUAUUUUAAAAACAUUGGUAGGUAGUUCGAAAAGGAAUGCCCCAAAAGGAUAAUAUCUGCUAGUGGUGAGAUUAGACUGUUACAAAUAGUAUCAAAGUCAAACGCCGAACGGUGUUUUAGUAAGGACGUUGGGUCCUGAAAGGGGUAGAUUGUGAGGUUCCACAUCGGUUGGGGAGGACAACGAAGCAUUCUUCAUUGGGUGGAGUGUCUGCGAGGACACUGACUCUAAAGGGGGAUGGAUUGUGAGAUUCCACAUCGGUUAGAAAGGAAAACGAAACAUUCUUUACAAGAGCGAGCGGAGAAACCUCUCACCCCAAAUGGAAAGUCGAAAGAUGAUACUGUUGAACAAAA